AUGAGCAAUUCAGCAUGUUGGCCAAACGCAUCAGCUUGGCAAAAAUUUAAUGAAUCUAUCGAUGGACGACUAAUUUCUGUUCGACCCACUGCUGCAUUUUGUGCUGGCAGCCCACCGAAUAUGAAGGUGUGUAAUAACGCUCGUUCUCAAUGGACGAAUUCGACAUGGCGAACUAAUCAAGCCGGAUCGAUGCAAAAUCAUAAUUGGGAAAAUGCUUCUUGCUCAAGUCAUCUAGGGAGUGUAACAUGUACUCAGGGAUCAGUUCCUCUAUUAGGAGUCAAUGCUACAACAGUUGAACAUGUUCUGGCAACAAUACGUUUGACUAGUGCUAACAAUUUGCGAUUAGUAAUUAAAAGUACUGGACAUGAUUAUCUAGGACGAUCGACAGCUGCUGAUUCUUUACUUCUCUGGGUUCAUCAUAUGAAAAAUAUGAGUUUACUUGAACAAUACAAGUUAUGUACUGGUGAGAGCAUCUCAAAUGCAAUUCGUUUAGAUGCUGGUGUACAAUGGGGUGAGGUAUACUCUUGGCUAGCGAAUUAUAAGUUAAUAGCAAUUGGUGGCAUAUCGAGUACGGUGGGCGCUAUUGGCGGAUUCUUACAAGGCGGCGGUCAUGGACCAUUGUCACGUUGGAAAGGAAUGGCUGCUGAUCAUGUCCUGGAAUUCGAUGUCGUGACGGCGGAUGGACAACGUCGAAUACUUAAUACCUGUCAAAAUCAAGACUUGUUUUGGGCUUUACGUGGUGGUGGUGGUCAAAGUUUUGCUGUUGUAAUUUCGGCAGUUUUACGUACGUUUCCUUCGCCAUCGAUGGUCAGCACUAUCUAUAAUAUAUCUGCAACCAAUGAAAUACGUUAUUCUCGUUUGAUUCGAGAUUUCAUUCGGUUUUUGCCGACAUUAGCUAAUGUUGGCUAUUCUGGCUAUUUUUAUAUGACAGAUUUGAAUUUAAAUAUUCAAUUUUUCGUACCGAAUGGAAAUUUUUCUUUGGUUACUUCGAUUUUCAAUCAGUUCAACAAUAACAAUACAGAUUUACAAUUCACUACAAAUUCCACAUCUCUGUUUCCAACAUUCAAUGAUUAUUUUUCAUAUAGAACUAAGUUAUCAGGUUCAAGCGGUGACCAUGUUCUAUUUGGAUCUCGUCUCAUUCCUGAGGCGAUUGUUCAUCAACAACCUAAUCGAUUAGCUGAUAUACUGGUUCAAAUUAGAGGUCGUUCUAAAACUCAGUCCAUGAUACGUGGACAUUUUGUAGCCGGUGGGGAAGUAUCAAAGAUAUCGGUCAACAAUAGUAUUAAUCCGGCGUGGCGUACCGCGCUAAUGCAAAUAAUUUUUUCACAAGGAUGGCAUGAAAAUACAUCAGUAACGGAACAAGCACUUCUUGCUUUACAUCUACGGACUCAAAUUGAACUUCUUCAAACUGUGGCUGGUGGCAUACUAUCAAGUUGUUAUUUAAAUGAAGCUGAUCCUAAUGAGCCCCAUUGGCAGCAGAAGUUUUUCGGUACUCAAGCGCAUUACAAUCGAUUAAAAUCAAUAAAAAAAGCUGUCGAUCCGAAUGGUUUGUUUAUUUGUAAGAAUUGUGUCGGUAGUGAUGAUUGGUCUUCCGAUCUCAACUGUCCAAAAGCUUCCAUAGCAAAUCGAAUUCAUAUUGUCUCAUUUGCAUUCUUUGUUGUAGCAAUUGUUCAAUUAUUUCAAUAA